AUGGGACCCAAGCCAGCAUCCAAGACCGCCACCAAGACCGGCAAGCAGGCUAACGCCGCUGCCAAAGCGGCCCUUAAGGGCUCGUAUGCGAACAAGAAGCGCGCCAUCAGGAAGAGCACCAGCUUCCACCGCCCCAAGACCCUCGAGCUGUCCCGCGCCCCCAAGUACCCUCGCAAGUCGGUCCCCCAUGCUCCUCGCAUGGACGCUGAGAAGGUCCUCAUCCACCCUCUCAACACCGAGUCGGCCAUGAAGAAGAUUGAGGAGAACAACACUCUUGUCUUCAUCUGCAACGUUAAGGCCAACAAGCGCCAAAUCGCUGCCGCCCUCAAGAAGCAGUACGACGUCAGCUGCGUCAAGAUCAACACCCUGAUCCGCCCCGACGGCUCAAAGAAGGCUUUCUGCCGCCUCACUGCCGAUGUCGACGCUCUCGACAUUGCGGCUACCAAGCUCGCCAUUGUUUAA